AUGACUGUGCAAGAAGAAGAGCUGCAGGUGCAGGAAGAAGAGUGGCAGGUGCGGGAAGAAGAGCCGCAGGUGCGGGAAGAAGAGCCGCAGGUGCGGGAAGAAGAGCCGCAGGUGCGGGAAGAAGAGCGGCAGGUGCGGGAAGAAGAGCGGCAGGUGCGGGAAGAAGAGCCGCAGGUGCGGGAAGAAGAGUGGCAGGUGUGGGAAGAAGAGCCGCAGGUGCAGGAAGAAGAGCUGCAGGUGCAGGCUGCUGAUAUGGAGCCUCUGACCGGGAAAAUACAGAUUAAAGAAGACCUCAUGAAGGUCCUUCAGAAUUUUUACAGAUCAUUGGAAAUGUUCACAUCUCAGAUUACCUGUAGGGCAUCUUCAGACACUAUGCACACAUUGAAUCCCUUGCCCAGACCUGAAAACACAACUGGUUAUCCUGAAGACAUACCAGCAGUGGAACGCCUGAUCCAGAAAGUAUUACUUUGGGAAAAAUUUGCUUCAGUGGAAUCCCAGGGUCAAGAAAUUUCAGGAAACCAAAGACAACAGUUGCUGCUGAUGCUAGAAGUAGAUGAACAGAGUCGGCUCAGUGAGGACUUAGAAGCAAAGAGACAGCUCUCUAGCAGUCUGGUGAAGUUCCAUGCCCAUCCAGAGAACUCCAUGCUGGAGCCUUGGAGAGGGAGAUGGCUGAGAGGAAGCCUGCCUACAAGCAGCACAGGAGGAGAAAGCAGAGAGUGCCAGAGAGACACGAGUGAGGAGCCAGCCCAGAAACUCCUGUGCACCGAGAAUGCUUUCUGGAGAGCAGAUUCAGGACCUCAUUCGGUUCCCAUGAGGAACAGCAGCUGUGACCCAACUGAAAACGUGGAGAAGACAAAGGUUAACAUGGCUGCCGCACAGCAUCAUCAUUGCUCUGCAUUGCCCUCCUCGCCCUACCUCAUGGCUGACCGUUCAAGGCCACUGAUGGCUUGCCAGCCACCUCCUCCAUCUGGAUGUCACCUGGGAGCUCAACCAUUUUCAUCAGCUAAAGGUGUUCUGGGACCUCUGAAACCAACCUCUCCAGUUGAUACAUUUUGGGGACCACAGACACUGACACAUCAGUGUCUUCUGUUACCUCUACCACCCGUAGCCAAUGAUUUUCUGAGUUCAUACACAACACCCAAGUGUCUUCUGACACCUUUACCACCACCUACAGAUGAUGAGUUUUCAAGACCACAGACACUGACACAUGAGUGUCUUCUAGCACCUGUACCACCUGCUCCACAUGAUAAUCUUUGGAGGCCAUGGUCACCUCCACCCAAGUGUACUCUUUUACCUCUGCCACCAUCUCAAGCUGAAGAUUUUCUGGGACCAGACACACCACCACCUGAGUGUCUUCUGACACCUCUACCGCCAUCUACAGAUGAUGAGUUUUCGAGACCACAGACACCUACACAUGAGUGUCUUCUAGCACCUGUACCACCUGCUCCACAUGAUAAUCUUCGGAGACUAUGGUCACCUCCACCCAAGUGUCUUCUGACCCCUCUACCACCAUCUACAGAUGAUGAGUUUUUGAGACCACAGACACUGACACAUGAGUGUCUUCUAGCAUCUGUACCACCUGCUCCACAUGAUAAUCUUUGGAGACCAUGGUCACCUCCACCCAAGUGUCUUCUGACAUAUCUACCACCAUCUACAGAUGAUGAGUUUUCAAGACCACAGAUGCUGACAUAUGAGUGUCUUCUAGCACCUGUACCACCUGCUCCACGUGAUAAUCUUUGGAGACCAUGGUCGCCUCCAGCCGAGUGUAUUCUGUUACCUCUACCACCAUCUUAAGCUGAAGAUUGGGACCACACACACCUCAGCCACCUGAUCCUAUCUGUCCUGGGGGACCCCAUCCACCUCAUUCCCCCUGAGAGUCCCAGGGGACCCCAUCCACCUCAUUGCCCUGUGUGUCCUUGGGGACCUCAUUCAGCUUAUUGCCCUGUGUGUCCUGGGGGACCCCAUCCACCCCAUCGCCCUGUGUGUCCUUGUGGACCCCAUCUACCUCAUUGCCCUGUGUGUCCUGGAGGAACCCAUCCAUUUCAUUGCCCUGUGUGUCCUGGGGGACCCCAUCCACCUCGUUGCCCUGUGUGUCCUGGGGGACCCCAUCCACCUCAUCCCUUUUGUGUGUCCUGGGGGACCCCAUCUACCUCAUCACCCUGUGUGUCCUGGGGGACCCCAUUCACCCCAUCGCCCUGUGUGUCCUGGGAGACCCCAUCCACCCCAUCACCCUGUGUGUCCUGUGGAACCCCAUCCACCCCAUCACCAUGUGUGUCCUGGGGAACCCCAUUCACCUCAUCACCCUGUGUGUCCUCAGGGACCCCAUUCACCUAAUCCCCCUGUGUGUCCUCAGGGACCCCAUUCACCUAAUCCCCGUGUGUCCUCGGUGACCCCAUCCACAUCAUCAUCCUGUGUGUCCUGGGGGACCCCCAUCCAUCUCAUUACCCUGUGUGUCCUGGAGGACCCCAUCCACCUCAUUUCCCUAGAUUUUAUGGCCCCAGGAGACUAACAGGAUGGAUCUUAUUAGCUGUGGCCUUGGUCUCUAGAAUCAGGUCAACUCUGGUGGGGAACUCAAGGCCAAUACUGAGCUGUUCUCGCAUCACCCUAUCCUCAGCAACCUCUCUCUUCUUGCAACUCCCAGCUUUGCAUCUCCCCACCAUGGCCUGCAAAAUCCUCCCCCUUCACUGUGUCCCUGCUGCCUGAGCCCAGACACAAAUUCUCAGUGGGGCUCAGAGCCCCAGCUUUCUCAGAAAUGAGCUGGGACUGAUGUGGUUAUGAGGUCAUGGUGAGGACAAGGAGACCAAGCCCAUAAGGAAAGCAUCUUGCAAAAUAGCUGCUAAAAGGGAGAACCUCCUCCCUCUUACUGGUUUCAUGAAAAUAUUCCCACUCAGAAGAUCAGCAUAAGAUGUUCAUUGAUGUUUACUAAGCUUAGGGUGUAACAGCUCAGAACCCAGGAUUUCCAAUCUCCAUUUCAAAAGUUAAGUGAUAGCCUCAGAUUCUUACGAGAUGAAGAGAUUAAAGGAAUGCAUACACAGUUAAACUCUGAGAGCUGUAUCUGUGAUCUGCAGAUAAUUAUUAUUCAUGACAUAUGCAGCCACACACGGAAGCAUUCAGUCGGUGUACAGGUAUUUUAUAGAAGACAAAAUGUAUAUUGGGCCAAAAAGAUCACAUGGAAAUA